CGGAACCCGGAAGAAAGAGGGACGAAUAUGAGCAAUCAGUUCACAGCGUCUGACAAAUCCGCUUCUGUUCAGACCCUGGCGGACUCAUCUUCCUCCGCGCUCUGUUUCUGUCUCGCCUAACUAAAACAUCGCAGUGACUUUUAGAAAAAUGAAUGUAUUUCACCGGCAAAGACUCCGUAAACACACGGUUGUCUUGGUGCUCGUGUUGAGCGCCGCUCGCUGCUGUCAAGCGUUCAACUUGGAUGUGAGGUCUCCAGUCGUCAAAGAGGGAAAAACAGCUGGCAGUUUGUUUGGACUUUCUGUUGCACUACACGAGCAGGUCGUAGGAGAGAAAAGACACCUACUUCUUGUAGGAGCACCGAAGGAGAAAGCAGAGUUGGGAGUAUCAGCCAAUGAGACUGGAGAUGUAUAUGCCUGUCCAAUCACUGCAGACCGCAAAGACUGCAAAAGACUGAACCUUCUCAGCUCAAAUUCUGAAGACAUACCAGACCCUAAAAAUGAUGUGAUGGAUGGCAUGUGGCUAGGUGUGUCGUUAGCCAGUCAGAGUCAACCAGGGGGCCGUGUACUGGCCUGUGGCCAUCGUUAUAUACGAAACUUUGCAAGCAACUUUCGGAUGAUUGGGAGGUGCUAUGUUCGUGGAAAUGAUUUACAGUAUAAAACAGCAGACUCUCAAUGGCAGUCGUACAAUGAGGUGUGUGACCCCAGAGAUGAACAGACUAGUGAAGGCAUGUGUCUUGCUGGAAUGUCUGCUGCCUUCACUCAGACGGAGAUCUUCCUGGGUGCACCUGGAUGCUUCAACUGGCAAGGAAACACAUUUUCACUGUGGUAUAACCCUGAAGAUAAGUUUGAUGACAUGAAGAGCAAGCUUCCAAACUUGAAAAGAGGGAAUAUUUACAUUGGUUACUCUAUUGCUGUGGCUAAAGAUGUGUUGAGCAAAGACAAAGACACAGUAGUAACAGGAGCUCCAAGAGAUGAAGCCAGAGGAUCUGUGACGAUGGCUGAAGUUCAUAAAAUUGGUGUCGGUGGAGAAAUCCAAAUAAAAGCCACUGUCAUGGGGGAACAAGUUGGAUCCUAUUUUGGCUGCAGCGUUACUAUUGUUGACCUUAACAAUGAUGGUUGGAAGGAUCUGAUUGUUGGAGCCCCUUUCUAUUUCGACCGGAGAAAGGAUGAAGGCGGGGCGGUGUAUGUCUAUAUGAACCAGAACGGGUCUUUUCGUGACAAAGCUGACGUGAAGCUCACUGGGCCUAAGGACUCAGCUUUUGGCAUGGCUGUUGUUGCUAUUGGUGAUGUUAACCAGGAUGGCUUUCAAGAUUUUGCUGUUGGUGCUCCAUAUCAUAGUACAGGCAGAGUAUCGAUAUGGAUGGGCAGCAAAACGGGUAUUUCCCAAACGCCUAGUCAGGUCAUUGAUGGAAAAGACAUCCCAGGUGGUGGAUUCCAGACGUUUGGCUAUUCCAUCAGUGGUGGCAUGGAUGUGGACAGGAACAGUUACCCAGACAUAGCAGUUGGAUCAUUAGAUGAUCGCGUGGUCUUGCUAAGAGCACGUCCUGUGAUUCACCUAAAGAAUUCUUUCACUGUGACACCGGAGGUUAUCCGCCUAGAAGACUGUGAUGCCUGUAUUGAAGCAAAAGUCUGUUUGUCCUACACAUUCAGCACUGGCAGUGCCAGUUCCCAGAAGAGUAUUAGUUUUCAAUAUACGGUGGAAGCCGAUCAGCAAUCGUCUCGGAGCCCUCGUGUUCGUUUCCUUGACAACAAAGAUGGCAAAUACACUGGCAAAAUGUCUGUUAAUCCGUCUGAAGAUUGUCGUUCUCUGAAACUCGAGCUAGUGUCCAAGACAAUCCAAGACAAGGUUGCUCCGAUAGUUUUCUUGCUGAGGGUGUCUUUGGUGGAGACUCCUCCCUCGGGCGGGCAGACAUUGGAAGACCUCAGUGCCUUUCCUGUGAUCAGCCAAAAAGACGCUCUGACUAACAGAGCUGAGAUUCACAUUCAGAAAGCCUGUGGAUUAGAUAACAAAUGUGAGAGCAACCUUCAGAUGACGGCUGCAUUCACAAAUGAGCAGAACACGCCGUUCCCCACGCGUAAUGGCCAGCAGAUUUUCCACUACUCUACUGACGUAAAGAAGCUGAAGUUGAUGGUGAAUGUGUCCAAUGUUCCAUCACAGGACAAGAAAGCAGAAGAUGCUUACAGUGCUUCUCUAAAUGUCACCAUUCCCACCUCGCUCAGCUUCUCCAGCCUAAACCCCAAGAACUUGAAUGUCGAGUUGUCUCCUGGGGUGCCUUAUCUUCUGUGUACACUGGGGGACCCCUUCAAAAGCAAUCAGAGAGUGGAGAUUGAGAUCACCUUUGAAACGACAGGAAUCACAAUAGACAUGCAGGAGAUUCAGACUGAACUGCAGCUCUCAACGUGGAGUGAUCAGAAUGAUCUACAGCCCCUGUUGAGAGUGCUGAUGGUGGAGUACGUCCUACAGCCCUUCUUUAAUAUCCCUUUAUCCCAGUUUAGGACAGAAUUCAGUGGAAAAGUAAUGGGAGAAUCAGCCAUGAAAAGUACCAGUGACAUUGGAAGCCCAGUGGAAUUCAACUUGACGGUGGCUGUUUCUGGAAAACCUCUGGGAAAUCUGGGGUAUCUGGAAGUGGUCUUUCAGUGGCCUUCUUCUGUGGCUAAUCAGAAGUGGCUGCUUUAUCUGUCAGAGAUUCAGAUGACAGGAACCUCCAAGCCAUUCUGUGUCCCUGAAAAUAACGUCAUAAACCCCCUUAAUCUCAUUGUGUCAGAGCGCAAGACUAGAAGGAGGAAAAGAGACGAGGCCUCCUUAGAGUCUGAACAGACUGAACCGCAGACCCUCCCGAACCCACGGGCCAUCCAGAGGAAACCUCCUGCCAACCUGGACUGUGACACAGGUAGUGCCCUCUGUCAGACAUUCACCUGCCCCUUGCUUGGCAUGGACAUCUCAGCCAAUCUCACUGUCAGAGCACGCAUAUGGAACAGCACGAUGCUUGAGGACUACAAUGCUGCAAGAGUACUUGUGUAUGGUAGAGCCACACUGAGUCUAAAAACAGACAAACCAAGCAUCAAGAUGAGCAAUUACACCCGUGAGUUUACAGUAGCUAUAGACCCUGCAGAGGCAGAGGAGCUUCAGUAUGAAGUGCCUCAGUGGAUAAUCAUUGUGUCCGCGUUGGCAGGAGUGAUUCUGCUGGGUCUGAUUGUCAUUUUACUGUGGAAGAGUGGUUUUUUUAAGCGGGCUGCCUACUUUCGAACUAUGCCAAAAUACCAAGGCGUGAAGAUUUGUAAGAAGGAACAGUACCAGGUAAACCAGGGCUUUUUAAUUGUGAACACCACAAAAAAUAAGAAACACUGGAUCACAAGCUGGACUGAAAAGACACAGUACUACUGAUGAAAGCACUCUUACAUUGUCUCUUUAAAGACAGUGGAAUGGACUUUACCUGAACUCUACCUGAUUUGAUUGGAACAACUUCUGGAUAUCAGAUAUAAAACUGUCAAACAUGAACUGAUUAUACAGAAGUCUCUGUGUGAGAUUACAUAUUGUAUUGAUGUUUAUUUUGGUUACAGUUUUUCAACAGAAUACAUGUAUUAUGUAUGCUGAUGGGCUCAACAAUAAGGAUUUUUUCUGCUGGCUCAGUAGUUCAGAUUUGUGCUUGGCCUGCCAACAUUUUCACUGCCACCCACCACAAAGGAAUGAUCCAUUUUUACAUUUAUGCUCUUAAAAAUGAAGGUUCUUCAUUGGCAUCUAUGGUUCCAUGA